UUCCUUUUCUCGCAUAUUUUUAUUUUUGCCAGUCUCUUUUCAAUUCGCAGUCACCUUUUUUUAUCUCUAUAUCUAUCAGACAUAUGUUGGCUCUGGCAGCUCUGAAAAAGGCGCACGCCACGGCUGUGGCGGCACGAGUAGCCAGGCAGAGCCUCGGUAGCAAGGCUGCCUACCAGACAUACACACAGCACAGCUCGUCGCUGGGUCGGACUCCCCGUGGUGGCGGCAAGUGGUGGACACGCAAGACUGCUGCGGCCCGUCUGCGCAUGGUGAUGCCGCAGGGACCAGGCUGGGCAGCACGUAUGAUGCUGAAAUCGCGUGCUGGCGCUGUGAGGACUGCAGGCGCACGCGGCUAUCUGCGGGCGAUAACACAGUCGCUGGGUCAGGCUAUGCGGGCGGGACCGGGAGCAUCAGGGCGGAUGGCGGGCCCUGGAUCGGUGGGCAUUUGGACCUGGCGGACCUUCCAUUCAGCGUCGCGGACGAUGUCGUCAGCAAGAGUUGUAGCGUUGUUGCAGAGACAGACGAUGGCGAGUGUGAUGACACAGCAGCGCAAAGAUCUAUCGCUGGCGACGCCAUUUGCCAAUGAGACGCGCAUCCGACUGCUGUCAAUGCACGAUGGCGGAGAUGUGAUGCAAGCAAAGCCAUUGAAGGCAGGCUACAGGAUGAAGGCUCGCAAGGCGGAGAAGCCAGCAGAGAGCGUGCAUAAGCCAGCAGAGCAGGCCGAUCCGCACCCAGCUGCGGCAGCAAUUACUGAAGCGGUGCCAGUAGAGCACUGUGUUCUGGUGACGGUGCCAUACACAGUAUCGGCAAUGUCGCAGCUGGCGGCGGGGCAGCAGGCGUCGUCGGCAGAUGUCGCCCAGAUGCUUGCGGAUGCACAGAAGAUGCAGCAGAGACAUACGCUACUGCUGACCCGGCUUUUGGAAAAGCUGGCGGCUACGGGCUGGAACAUCCAGUACAACCACAUUUCGAGCCCGUCGGAGGGCGUGCAGAUUGCUCUGCCGCCGUCCACAGGCAUCCGCACGGCUGCCGAAAUGGAGUCGCUGCUGUCGGACUGGGGCUUUGACAUGUCUCUUUUUGCAGCGGUGGUCAAGGACCCAGCAGUGCCGCAGCCCCGGACGCCUGAGGCAUACCGCGAGGAAGUCAGGGAUUUCUUGACUGACCUUGACAGAAUGCCCAGGCUGUCGGCCUCCCGCAAACCCUCGGCGUUUGACGGCAUGUACAAGAAACUCCAGCAGCAACGGCAGCAGCCUAUGCUCUAGCCUCGCUUUUUCACCCUUUUGUUUUUUUUUUGUCUAGUGUAUUUAA